AUCAUUGCCUACCCAAAUAAAAGGGGUAAAAACAUUGGACAUUUUGGAGGUUAUGUGUUUGUAGAAAUAUUGUUGUCGAAAAACCGCCUCUGUAACCGUAAUAAUAGUCUAGGGCUCAUAGAAAAUAUGAUUUCCAGUAGCUCGUUCCUCAAAAGAACGUGGCCGGUAGUGAUUCAACGCGCCGAAGCACACAGAAAGCCGCGAUGGCUGCCCGUCGCAAAAAGCAAGAUUUAUCGAAUCCCAAAAAGGCCCGAAAUCUCGAUAGAAGAGCGACUGGAGCUGAAGCGGAUAAACAACAACUACAAAACGCAGAUUCGGGCCAUCCGGAGGUUUUACUAUGAAGAUAUGAUUAAAGAAAAAUCAACAUUGGAUAGCGCAAGUUCGGAGAUGUCCCAGCGCUUGGAAGCUGAGGAAUGGGCGCGCUGUGUCGAGCUCAACGAUCAAUGGAAUGCUAAGUUGGCAGCAGAGCGGGACGAGCGUCGGCGCCGCGAGCUCGCCGAGAUGGAGGAGUACACACUGAAGCGCAUGGAAACCAAAGACAAGGAGCUUCGCGAAAAAAUUGCCAGGGCCUCAGAGGCUAUUCGACGAGAAAAGGAGCUGAGUGCUACAUUCAUCACUCCAGAGACCCUGGAUGAAGCCAUAGACCGUGCCCUAGGCAAUAUCCAGGAUUACAAUUACGCUAUAGACCUUCAGGGAAACAAAUAUGUGGGCCGAGAUACUUCCAUCACACCUACUAAAGAGAAGGAAACUGCCAGUUCUAAACACUAAUAUAUCUAGUUAUAAUGUACAUAUUCUUUAAUAGCUGCAAUAAAAAAUUCCA